AUGGAUCUAUGUCGAUCUGAUGGUAGACGACGUCUAUCGGUUACUUUAGACGCUGGUUAUGUUUCAGUCGCACAAAAUGAUAUCUGUCUAACAUCUAAAAUAGCCGGUUUACAUGGAAAGAAAUUAAUAUGUGUUACCUAUGGAAUUAUAGUUCUUUUUUUAAUUAGUUUUAUUAAUUUAAUAUGUCUUCUAUGGUUUAUAUAUAAACUUAAUUUAUCAUUAUUCGAUAUUAAUGGAUCAAAGAUCUUUCAAUUUGAUAAAAUUAGUCAACAGAUGACAUUCUAUAGACGAGUUACUUGUAAAGAACCAGUUUAUAUAACUAAAGCUAAUCAUACAUCUCAAAUAGAUCUUUUAACUGAUAAACAGAUGGAUAUAUGUGGUGAACAAAAUUCAAUUUUAUUUGAUGAUGAUCAAAUAUUAUUAAAUACUGAUAAUUUGUAUUUUAAAAAUAAUAUUUCAAUUGAUUUUACAAAUGUCCAUGCAUAUAAAUUUGAUAAUAAUAUAGAAACUCGUGUUCAUCUCAGUCAAUUGAAUUCCGAAUAUAUUCAUCAUAAACAUAUGAAUAUUACUGCAACGAAUCAAUUAACACUAUCAAGUGCUAAACAUAUUUUUUCAAAAAGUCAAAAUUUAAUAUUACAAACAAGUAGUUAUAAUCGUCGAUCCGUACUUCGUUUUAAUAAUCAUCCAAAUACCCUCAAGAAAACUUCACGUGGCAAUCUACAUUUUAAAACAAAUUCAAUUUAUUUCGAUUUACCUCGAUUUGGAUUAUUAGCUAAUAAUCAUCGUAGUGAAUCCGGCGUAUAUCGUAUAUGUAUUUGUAAUACAACAUUUUUAUUUUUACGUAGUGUUGCUCAGCAACCAUGUCCACUUUGUUAA